GAAGUCGAACUUCAAAUAAACACCACACUGUGGCCUGACGCAUCUUUUCUUUUAUCUCGCCACAUAAGAUAACAAAUGUUUACUCUUGUACCAGACCAGUCCAUACGAAUACAACUGAGGGAUUGUUUUCUUGAUUGAUCUUGACUGAAUUAAUGGCUGCUGAAACUAAGGCUUUGCCAUCACAGGUUUUCCUGUAAUUUUCAUUGUUUUGGAAGUCUCAAGUGUUUAAGUGUCAGUCAUCAGUAGAUCAGUAUGGGGUUGAUUUCUCUUCCUCUAGUUCUCUUGCUGAUAUCAAACAUCCACUCUGAACAAACUGAAGAUGUAAAACCAACUCUGACUGUGCAGCCACAGACGUCUGUGUUUAUUGGAGACUCAGUUACUCUGAUCUGUGAGGUUCAUCAGUCCACUGGAUGGGAGUUUAUCUUCAUAAACCCUUCAAACACUGAAUUCACUGAAACUACAGGAACUAAAAGAAUCAGAUCUGUGCAAGUCUCUGAUGGAGGAGAGUACAAAUGCAGAGCCAGAAGAAAAGAAAACCCUCAGGUUUAUACACAAUACAGUGAACCAAUAACAGUGACAGUAAAUGCUUUACCCAGAGCUACAGUGAGAGUAACACCAGACAGAUCUGUGUUCACUGGAGAGACAGUCACUCUGAAGUGUGAGAUAGAGGAUCAGUACAGAUCAUUAAACUGGAGAUAUAUGUGGUAUAAAGGCAGAACUGGGACUUCAGUGUUUGUGGAAAACAUCUACACCAUCAGAUCACCAUCAGAUCAGGAUGAGUUCACGUGUAGAGGAGAGAGAGAUGGACGACCCUCAUCCUCACAGUACAGUGAUCAUGUGACUCUCUCUGUUAAAGAUAAACCACAGACAGUUUUAAGUGUUUCUCCACAGCAGUGGUUGACUGAAGGAGAUUCAGUGACUCUGAUGUGUAGGGUUAAAUACUUCUCUACAGGCUGGACAUUCAGCUGGUUCACUGUACAGAUGAAUAAAGAUGUUGAUUAUGAGCUGGUGUCAAACAGCAGUGGAGGACCUAAAGGCAUCUACACAGUGAGGUCAGUGACUGUGAAGCACACAGGAGUUUAUAUGUGCAGAGCAGAGAGAGGAGAUCCAGUCUAUCACACAGAGUACAGUAACACACAAACACUGUGGAUCACUUGUGUUUCUCCUUCAGUCUCUCUGAUCAUCAGACCCAACAGAUCUCAACACUUCUCAUCUGAAUCUCUCUCUCUGAGCUGUGAGGAUCACAGUAACUCUACUGGAUGGACAGUGAGAAGAUACACAGACAAACUGAAACCUUGUUCAUCAUCAGACAUGAGAUCUACAGGAACAACAUCUACAUGUACAAUCAGAUCUCUCAUCACAUCUGAUACUGGAGUGUACUGGUGUCAGUCUGAAUCUGGAGAGAAACUUCAUCCUGUUAAUAUCUCAGUACACUAUGUUGGUGUGAUUCUGGACAGUCCUGUUCAUCCUGUGACUGAAGGAGAUCCUCUGACUCUACGCUGUUUAUAUCGAUAUAAAAACCCCUCUAACAUGAGAGCUGAAUUUUAUAAAGAUGGAUCAGUGGUGCAGAGUCAGACUACAGGAGACAUGAUGAUCAUCCCUAAAGUCUCAAUGUCACAUGAGGGUUUCUACUACUGUAAAUACCCAGAGAGAGGAGAGUCUCCAAAGAGCUGGAUCUCAGUCAGAGGUGACACUUUCAUCUCCUCAGUUUCUGGGUCGAUGAGAUAUCGUGGUCUGAUAGCUGGAGUCGUUGUUGGAGUGAGCGUCAUGUUUUUGAGCAUUUUCUUGGUGCUGUGGUCCAACAGAAAGAAGGAAGGUUCAUCUUAUGCCCUUAAAGAGAAUACAAGUGAAGGUGACGACAUCAUGUACUCCAAACUGAAGAAGGGAGAAGAUCAAGAUGUGGCUUCUGGAUCUAGUGAUGUGACUAAUGCUCAGAAAAAAUAAAAGACCAGAGGAGAAAAAUAAGAGAGAUGUGUCCAUAAAACAACCUGUGAUUAUUAUAACACUUAAGAUUUGAUUAUUAGGCAUAUCUGAAGCAUUUACAAAUCUUUUAAUGUUCUACUUUAAAGGAAAGAAAUUCAGUACCAGUAAGAGUUUGGUGAUAGAGAAGAGGUGAGAUCAUCAAAGUUUCAAUACUUAGAUGGCAAGAAAUGUACUAAUACUUUUUAAUACUUAAUGAAAUUUUAUUGUAUAUAAAGUUUAAACUUUACUAGUUUUGCAGAGGAAACCAUUGCUGCGCUGCAGUCUGUUCUUCAACUGAGAGUCAGAGAAAGACAAAGACAGAUGACCAUCUAGUACAGGUUAUUAUAAAUGCCUUCAUCAUGUAUACUGAACAUUUUAGAUAUGUUUAAUGUUAUGGUUGUUACUGACAAUGACAUUUGUUUUCUCCCUCAAAUGCAGCAACAUUUGUCUGCAAAUUGUACUAAUUCAUUUGUUUCUUUAUUACUUCACAUUUAUGCAUUUGGCAGAUGCAUUUAUCCAAAGCAACUUACAGUGCAUUCAGUCUAUACUUUUCUAUCAUUAUGUAUAUGAUCGAACCCAUGACCUUUGUGUUGUUAAUGCAAUGAUUCACCAUGUGAGUUACAGGAUCACUGUUAAUGUAUUGAAGUUACAAUAUGUUAUCAAGUGAUAAAUGAAAUACAUUUAUAUUUAUAAUUUUUAUGGAUUAAACCCCUGAGAUGAAAUGUCUUGUUUUCAAGGGGGCCCCCUAUACAUAAAACACAAAAAUAAAUAUCAAUUAACCAGUUUUUAAAUGUUCAGUAAUAACGUGCAUUUCAAUAAAAAAAUA